AUGGUAACGGCGAAGGUCAACGUACUUGACACUUACAGACAACCUGUCGAAUGUCGAGUGCUACUGGACACCGGAUCCACCACCAAUUUCAUCAAAGAGAGUUUAGCCAUCGCCCUCAACCUACCGCUUCAACCAUUCGCUGUAUCAAUAGGAGCAUUGAAUGACGCGAAUACCACCACCAGGUAUUUAGUCAUCGCCACAAUUCGCUCACGAACAACUGAGUAUGAAAGGACACUCAACUUCUUGACGAUCCCCAACAUCACUCAGGCUGUACCUGAUCAACCCCUUGAUCGUAGCGCCAUCAGGAUACCUGCCAACAUCAAGCUUGCUGAUCCUAACUUCCAUCAUCCAGCAUCAGUGGACAUGCUCCUUGGAUCUGGACCAACACUUUCACUCCUCUGCCAAGGCAAGGAAAAGCUCACGCCAGCAGAUCAACCAGAAUUAUAUCUUCAACAGACUUUGCUCGGCUGGGUAAUCGGAGGGAGCGCGCCAACAAUGCAGACAAUACGUCGACGCGUAUGCAACGUUAUCAGCACCUCCAACCUUGACUUCGAUCUCUCCAAGUUUUGGGCGAUUGAAGAAGCUGACGCCACUUCAUCUUCAACCAGUACUGAGUCUGAUUGCGAACGACACUUCCUGAAGAAUAUCAAACGCGACAACACUGGUAGAUACAUUGUUGCUUUGCCGUUCAACGGGAAGGAAUCUCUGAUCGGCGAGUCACGAUCACGAGCUUUCCGCCGCCUCAAAUCUCUGGAAAGAAGACUGGAUGGCAACGCAGACCUCAACACUCAAUAUCGUGCAGUCAUUCAAGAAUAUUUAGAUCUUGGUCAUCUCACGGAAGUGACUGGAGCAGAUUUAUCCAGCUUCGGAUAUUAUCUGCCACAUCAUGCUGUGAUCAAGGAAAGCAGCUUGACGACGAAAGUCCGUGUUGUCUUCGAUGGAUCAGCGAAGACCAGCACCGGAAUUUCUCUCAACGAGACUUUACAUGUCGGGCCCACAAUUCAGGACGACAUAUUUUCUCUUCUUCUAAGAUUCCGCCUUCACCCAUACGUGCUCACUGGGGACAUCGAGAAAAUGUAUAGGCAAGUUCUCGUACGCCCUGAAGACAGGAAAUUCCAACGAAUCCUAUGGCGCGAUGGGAAGGAACCACUCCAUAUCUUGCGAUUCGAUGUCUUCAUCAAUUGGCGAAAGAUGACGGCCAUCUACAUCCAGAAGCUGCACGAGUGCUCCNUUGCGAUUCGAUGUCUUCAUCAACUGGCGAAAGAUGACGGCCAUCUACAUCCAGAAGCUGCACGAGUGCUCCAACGUGAUCUGUAUGUCGAUGAUCUACUCACCGGAACACAGACUCGGGAAGAGGCUGUUCAUCUACGUGAAGAGUUGGACAAAUUGGUGAAGCUCGGAGGAUUCAACUUGAGACAAUGGGCCUCCAACGAUCCGUCCAUUCUGAACGAUUUAACACCGGAUAGUAUCAACCACAACCUUCAAAUUGGCGAUACUACAACAUUGAAGACUCUAGGAGUGCUCUGGAACUCAACAGCUAACAGCAUCACCUACACCGCCAAGGUAUCGUUGAGUGAGACAAUUACCAAACGGAUAGUUUUAUCUGAAACUGCCAAAAUCUUCGAUCCUCUUGGUCUCCUCUCACCAGUGGUCAUCGUGGCAAAGAUGAUCAUGCAGAAACUUUGGACUCUGAAGACAGGCUGGGAUACUCCACUCCCAUCUGACAUCCAGGAAGAGUGGCUCCAGUUUUAUGGACAACUCCAGCAGAUCAGCAUGGUGAUCUUUCCACGAUUCGUCCUUCAAGAGAAAUUGACAGAAAUUCAACUCCACGGAUUCAGUGACGCCAGUCAGGAUGCCUACGGAGCUUGUGUGUAUCUUCGUUCAAUUGGAAGCAACGGGGAGGUCAAAACUACGCUCCUAUGUGCCAAGUCUCGUGUUGCACCACUCAAGAAGCUCACGAUUCCAAGGCUUGAACUCUAUUCCACUAUUGUACUCCACUGGAUCCACACACCUGCACAUCAGCUGCAAAUCUUCGUCUCGAAUCGAGUGGCAGAUAUCCAAUCAAAAUCUGCACCAGACGAUUGGAGGCACGUGAGAACUCAUGACAAUCCAGCCGAUCUGGUGUCUCGCGGACAGCUCAUCAAGGACUUCAUUAUCUCCAAGAUCUGGUUUGAAGGUCCCGCAUGGCUCCAAGCAGAGGAAGACAGUUGGCCAGUUCUCGAUCUUCAAUUCUCCUCUCCUCCAGCUGAAAUCAAGGGAAGGUUCUGUCAUGUGGCUCAUGGUGGACCAGAAAGGCAUCCUCUGGAACGAUAUUCCUCAUUUUUUCAAUUGAAACGAGUGAUCGUAUUCUGUCUACGUUUCAGGAGUCACAAACAGGGCCCUCUCACAGCAGACGAGCUCGCAGCAGCUGAGAAGGGUAUCAUCUACUGGCUGCAAACAGAGACAUUCGGUCCCCUCAGACGUGCUCUUCAAGGUAUCGGAAGUAAGCAAGCCAAGAACCAGGAGUUGGCCACGGUGUCCAAGCUACAUCCAUUCCUGGACAAAGAUGGUUUUAUCAGGGUAGGAGGUAGACUGCGGAACGCCAUGAUCCCCUUCUCGCAGCGACAUCCUCUUAUCUUGCCCAAGUGUCAUCCACUAACAAAACUCAUCAUCAGGGAAGCCCACAUUUCUCAACUACAUACAGGUCCUCAAGCAAUCUUGUACUACAUCAGACAGAAGUAUUGGCCAUUGGAUGGUCGCAACUCUGUACGUCGCGAGAUUCAAAAAUGCAUCCGAUGUACCAGAUUGAAUCCACCGUCGGUCAACUACAUCAUGGGAAACUUGCCAGCAGCCCGAGUGAGAGAAUCUCGUCCAUUCGCCAACGUAGGCAUUGACUAUUGCGGUCCCUUUUUUAUCAAAGAAAAGAAGUUCCGCAAUCGAGGUCGUGUCAAGGUCUACGUUGCCGUCUUCACCUGUCUAGCAAUAAAGGCUGUUCAUCUAGAGGUUGUGAGUGAUCUCACUACUGAAGCAUUCCUGGCAGCACUGCGAAGAUUCAUCGCUAGGCGGGGAUGCUGCAAAAAUAUCUAUUCAGACAACGGUACAAACUUCGUCGGGGCCAACAAUGAGCUGAGGGAAAUCUACCAGUUCCUUCAGUCUGAAGAUCACCAGAAGACUCUUCAAUCAGCGUUGACGAACCAACAGAUCCAAUGGCAUUUCAUCCCUCCCCUAUCACCUCACUUUGGUGGUCUGUGGGAAGCUGCGGUGAAAUCCUUCAAGCAUCACCUGUAUCGCAUCAUCACCAACGAGCUUCUAACCUUUGAAGAGUUCAACACCUUGGUCAUCGAAAUCGAAGCCGUGCUGAACUCCCGACCUCUAACUCCGAUGUCUGCCGAUCCCAACGAUUUGCUGGUCCUAACACCUGGUCAUUUUUUGAUCGGGGAGCCCCUCACAAGCUCAAGAGAACGUGAUUUCGCCGACACUCCUAGCAACCGAUUGUCCACGUGGGAACACAUUCAAAAGUUAAAACAACACUUCUGGACUCGUUGGCAUCGGGAGUACAUAAGCGAUCUCAACCUGAGGUCCAAGUGGAGUCAAGGGGAGCACCACAUCAAGGAAGGCACAGUGGUCUUGCUAAAGGAAGACAACGUACCCGCACUCCAGUGGGCCUUAGGACGUGUCGUCAAGGUGCGGCCCGGAGCAGAUGGCAUCAUCCGUGCCGUCACAGUCAAAACGGCCAAGGGGCUUUUUGAUCGCAACGUCAAGAAGUUGGCUCCUUUACCAGUAAUAAACGCCGACACGGAACAAGUAGAUAGUUAA